AUGGGUCGCGUCCAGGCCGAUCCCCCUGCAUCAUCAUCACAUUCACUCCAUUCUCUCGACGACGCUCCGCCUCCAUAUACCGAUGAUCCCGAACUCAUUCUCGCCCCUGUCCAACCUGUCCAAUCUGUCCAACCUCCCACAAGCAUCCGACCCCUGCGUCUUAUAGACUCAGCCUAUAUUCUCCCUGGCGGCAAAGACGUCAGGCCCACCAACAAGGUCUCUGCCACCCUUGAACCAGCGCUCUCGAACGACAGCAAGGGACUCUACAAUGCCGUUUGCAAGCAAAUAAAGCUGCCGCCACGCCCACUGUUCUACGUCCAUGGCACCCACAGCGAAUCGAGCGGUGACAAAAAGAAGGAUAAAAACAACAAUGUGACAGACUUCGAGUUCAAACUGGAUCUGGCCGAAACAAUGCUGACCGGCUGGGAGGGCGGAUCCAUGGGCGUGAAUUGGAGGGAAGUGGAAAUCCUCGCAGAUGAAGAUCCUAAAUCAGCGUAUCGGGGCGGAAUACUUCGUUCAUGCACAUACAAGCCACCAAAGUCCCAUGGUGCUAUCAGUCUCACGGAGGACAGCGAUGCCCUCCUAGCCCAGGACACCGAUGAGCAGUUUAACAACAGCUCUCAAGGUGCGAAAAACCUGAGAAUGUGGUGCGAGCGAUUCUGUCGCGACCCCGCUUCUGUAAAAUCAUUCACUAUACACCGCGAAAUCGCCGGCUUCGACUCCAACGCUAUGCGUAACGUCCUCUCCUCUCACAUCCGCGAACUCAAUUACCGCGGCUCCAUCAACUUCAGCCUCUUCAUCGCCCAGCGCUCCGUCACAAUCUACUCUCCUCACUGGAUCAACCAGCUCCGCACGAACCGCUUCGUCUGGUGGGCUGUCGUCCUUCUCCAGCUGUGGAUUAUCACGUGGCCAGUUAUUUUCUUCAUGGAGAAGAGGUACGAAGUUGUUCACACCCGCUGGAAUGCGUCGCUUAUACCGGAGUCGGACUCUCCACUGGCUAAGUGCUACGCGUUUGGUCGCGAUGAGUCUUCCCUGGCGGAGUAUUGGGCUCCGGCUGUCAAGCAGGCGGCGUGGACUCGGCGGCAGGGUGAAGGUAAUAUUUUGACGCGGAUGGAUGCAGAUCGCUUGCAGGGGUAUAGUACGCGGCAGCUGCUUGGUCUUCCCGCUCCCAGUUCGGAUACUGAGCUUGAGCGUCGAGAGAGAGUUAAUAAUGGCCGGGCAGGGUUUAUUGAUAAUGUUGUAGGUCUGGUAAGGGGGAUUGGAGAGGCCGGGCAGGAUUGGAGGUUUUCUGCGGGAUGGGGUGCUAACUCUUAG